AUGGAUCCCAACACACACGUACAUGGUCCCGCCCCGGGACACGACCAUGCCUGCACUAUAAUCUUCCUGCAUGGCCGUGAUAGCACCGCCCAAGAGCUCGCCUCCGAGUUGUUCGAGAGUGAAGCCAGCCCCAACACGGCCACCACCGACGACCAAGACCUCACUUUGCCUGGCCUGCUUCCCUCCGCGCGCUGGGUCUUCCCCUCCGCGCCGAUCCUGCGCUCGCAGCGCUUCGACAUUGACAUGUCGCAGUGGUUCGACAUGUGGUACGUCGAAGACCCCGAGGAGCAGCCCGACAUCCAACGAAGCGGCCUGGAUCAAAGCAUGCAGACGCUGCGCGCCGUCAUCGAGGCGGAGGAGAAGCUCAUCACCAGGGACAGUAUGUUCGUCUGCGGGGUCAGCCAGGGCUUCGCCACGGUCGUGUCCCAGCUCAUUGGCGGGAACGAGGGGGGGUUCGCGGGCCUGAUCGGCCUGUGCAGCUGGUUGCCUUUCGCAGUCGAGGUUGAGAUGAUGGCGCCGCCUGCGAAGCUGAAAUCAACGCCGAUAUUCUUGGGCCACGCGCUCGACGACGAGGUCGUUCCGAUUAAAAACGGCCAGCGCAUGAGGAACGUCUUGUCACAAAACCUGGAGCUACGCGUGGAAUGGAAUGUAUACGAAGACGGGGGACACUGGAUCAAUGAGCCGCAAGGCGUGGAUGACAUAGUAUCAUUUAUCAAAGCAAAUUUAAAACAAUGA